AGUGACUAUAUAAAGAGAUAGAUUUCUAUGAACCGUGUAGUGUAUAAGCCUGAAUAGAUUCACUUUUCAUCAUGAAAACUUUGUUCUCCCUUUCCCUAGUGCUAACAUUCGCCGCUUACCAAGUUUAUUGUAAGGAUUGUCACAUGAGGGAGCUGGAUUUGUGUGCAUCCACACUCCUGCUGUUUAAUCAAGAUGACGGAAUUGCCCAAACAGAAGCCGAUUUGAACAAACAGUGCACUUAUAUCCGAGAAGUAUAUCAGUGCCUGAAAAACUAUACAAUAAACUGCAUGACACAAGUUCAACGUGAGCUCGUUGGGUUUUUUAGCGAAGGCUCUGAGAAACUGAUGAAUGACUAUUGUACUCCUGGGUCCAGUAUACGAAACGAUUAUCUUAAGAACGCUCCUUGUUUGAACAGUGCGAAUGAUGAAAAUAUAAAAUGUCUUCGAGAUCUACAGGUCGCUUUAGAAGUCGUUGGGGAUGCAAAAUUUGAAAACCGUAUUCCCAUCGCUUGCUGUGCCUACCGCCGAUACGAGGCCUGCUUCCAAGAAAGACUGGAGAAAAAAUGUGGCAAAAAUGCUGUUGAAUUCAUCCAAGAACUUCUGCGAAUAGCAAUUUCCCGUGUUCCGGAAAUAAUCUGCACAGGUUACGGACGAAACAACAGCGAGUGCACCACUCUACUCCCUAGUUCUGGCAGUAGUCCUAAAGGAUCACAGUCUAACUCUGCAUUGUCCCGUUUACUAUCCACCUACUUAGCUACUAUUUAAAACAACCAGGAAUUUUUAGCUUUCUAUGAUGCAGAAGCUUUUAUUGUUGACAUGAAGGUUCAGAUUAUAUAUUUAGAAAAUAUAUUUCCCACUAAGUAUUUUAUUGUUUUUUUAACUGU